UCCAGAAAAAUUGGUAUUGAUUUUCAUUUUGGAAACCAAAAUUAUAACUACUAAUGUGACUAUAUUUGCUUAUCCAAGACCUCAGUGCCAGCUAUUGCUAUUAAGAUUAGGUAAAGUACAUGUUGGCUAUAUUUUAACUAUGAGUUUUUAGAAUAGUUUAAACAUGUAGGUAAACAAGCCACAGUAUAUAUAGGCAGUGUAGGGUUUUUUUAAAAGGUCAUCUGUGUAAGUUCAGCCACAAAUAACUUUUUUGUUGCCAGUCGUCUUGCUGAUAUUAUUUAUGUUAUGAAAAUUCUAUUAAAAUAUAUUAAAAACGUUUUCAUAUUUUUUAUGACUGGAUAAUUCAGACCACAUUAUUGACACUGUUUUGUGAUUUAUUUUUAGCUUCUUUCUUCAUAAAUGUCUUCUAAAUUUAGGGAGGCAUAAAGUUGACAAAAAGCUACAUAUGUUUUUCCAACCCUCUUCCAACUGCCUGACUUUGUCAAGAGUGUAAAAUUAUGUAGCAGAGAGUAAAAUAUGGUUUAAGCAAGAUUCAAUCAUCCUGAAAGGCACUGCUUUGUUUUGUGUUUUGGUUUACUCCCAUUAUUUUUUCUUCUUCUUUUUUUUUCUUUCUCCUCUAUGUGUCCAUGUUUUGUUUCCCCCUGCUUUUAAGCAAAAUUAUGUGAUUUAUCAUAGUGCUUUACUUUGAAUCCUAGCUCACUGAAAUAAUUCAACACAUAGCUCUUUUUUAUUAUGCUUUUAUUUCAGCAAGCUGACUUUUUGCACAAUGGGAUAGUGUUUGGACACCUGAAAAUUCAAAUGAAAAGGAGAACUUUUACUUGAGUAGUUUUUUACCAACUUUUCUAAAUAAUCAUGCUAUUUGUAGAAUUUUGACAAUUUAUAUACAUUUUCUAUAUAUCGGAUGCACUUGCUUGUGCAAACACAACCUGUUGUAUGUUUUGCUUACAAUGCUAAUGCAGCAUAUCACAUGUUAUCUGGGUCACAUCACUUAUGUGUAGUGAUGAGUAGUUGCUACUUUAUGGCCCAGCUUCCACUUUUGUGUAUCUCAUUCCAGUUGAAAGAUGAUAGAUACACAGGGCUCAAUGUAGAGAAACAACCCCCUGCUGAAAUCUGCAGUAAAACCAAUCUGAUAAAAGGCUUACCAAAAGAGUGAAUAUCUCUAGAAAAGUCUAAAGAUGAAGAGACCAAGAGAAGAACAAGCAAUGCAACAGAUUUUAGAUUGACAUAGAAAAAGUUAUAGAACUAAUCACUAAUCGUGGUAUAUUAUAGUUAGUAUAACUUUAAUUCGACUGAUUAUUAAGUAUUUUGGGCGGAGAGAGAAGUCCGAUUUGCCAUCAGAUUCACAACUAUGUAGUUAGAUUUUAAAUACCUUUCUUACCACUAAGCAUAUGUCUACAGUCUCAUAGCAACAGCCAUAAAAUAUACCACGUGAUGUUUCCAGCUAAUUUGGACAGUAUACUCAAAGGCUAAGGCACAUAUUCACAUGUUUUAGCACAACCCAUGCAAAUUUUUCAUUGUAUCUAACUCACAUGCAAGUAAUUUGGACUGAAUUUGCAAAGCUUUCUUUUCCCCCUUAAAACUGAUUUUUCUUUCUGUGAAGGUUUUUCUUUCUUCUUUUUUGCACAGUUCAUGUGAAUCAGGCUUUAAAACAUUGGGCAUAAAUCUGAGAGUAAUAGUAACCAUGGAUCUGAGGCAGAGGAGAAUUAGUAGCAGCUCUAGGUAUCAGUGGGUGCGAAGGUCUCUGUCAUUAAGGACCACACUAAAUAAACAUGCUAGAAUAGGAUUGCUUUAUUGCUCUUUGCUCAUUUUAUGUCAUUUUAUUGCCUCACUAAUGACUAUAGAAUUAGGUGUGUAAGGGAGGUCUGAAAAUGUAGAGCUAAAAGAGGUACAUAGACAAGCGUGUGUGUCCUGUAGAGAUUCCAGCUUCUCAUCGUGGAUGAUGGAGAGACUAAUUUACCUUGCAUAGAUGAGUGCGGGUAGGGAGAGAGGCAGAGAGGGACCUCAAGAACAGAUCCAUUUCUGGGCUUCACCCUCACUUUAGUACCCCUGAUGAUUUCUAUGUGCCUUUAUAGUCAUCCCAGUGGGAGAGACUGUGUCAUCUCAAGUAGUGUUUUUUUUUUUCCUCCACUAUUAGCCAAAUGGUAAAUUCCUGAUCCAGGGGCUAUACAUGAAAAUACGCAGAUAGGAAUUUAUUUAAUAUAUGUUUAACUGUUGAAUAAAGUAGUCUAAUUUAUGAUAAUGCCAGAAUCAAUCUGGCAUGCUGGUGUAACAGUAUCACUCCUGAGGACAGAAAGUACUGAUGGGCUAAUAAUUUUACUGCUUUCUAUUUUGCAUGCACUGCAGUUUCCAAAAUCAAUAAAGAAUGUAGUACCUCAGCAGACUUACAAUUUAGACUGUAAGAAUCUCUGUUCUUGACUAAAGUCCUGUUGUAUCUAAAUAAGGGGAGUUAGUUUCAUCCUUGGUGUUUAGAAGUGAUUUUCUGUGUUGUCACUUUCUUUCAAGGGAAAGUACGAUGUAUUACCCAUAAGAUUUUGAGUAAUGUAAAAGGCAAAGCAAAGAAUGCUGCUGAAGCAGGUGGAUAUUUUUGAAAUACAAAAAGCUAAAAAUGGCAUGCUUUUAUUUGGAUCUUAAGAUCAUGAAAUUAUAUUUGGGGUACAGAAGGCAAAUUGUCUUUCAGAACUUUAUGAGUGACCAGUGCAUAUUUUGUUUGGAUUUAAGACUUGCUCAUAAAUGCAUAGACUACACAUACAUAAGAAUGCAUAGAAUUAAUAGGCAACAUUGAAAUAAAUAUAUAUAAAGCAAUAAAUUGGUAGUGCCUGUCUAGAUAAAGCUUAGCAUUUAAAAGGGCAGUUCACCCCACCCAAGAAAAGUCAGCAAGGCUGCAAGAGUUGUAAAGUAGUUCUCAAGGUUACUACAAAAUGUCCCUUUGUUUCUUUGAUGCCUUCAUCCUUUUUGAAAUGCUGUGCACACAGUCAAAUUAAAAUUGUUUUUCUUUCAGGCUUUCUACUACAAAUCCUGUUUUACUAUGUAGUUUACCCAGUUUACCUAAACAUUAGUCAUCCAAAGAGCAGGGGAUCUUUUAUUCAUAUGCUUCUAUGUCAAUAGAACCACAGCCUUAAAAACCAUUUUGUCUUCUAUUCCCUACAUGUAAUCCUUCCAGAUAGUAUUUCAAGACAUUUUAUAAAUUCUAUGCUUUUUUACUGUACAAGUGGAAGAAAAUCUGGCAUCAAUGUUGUCUGAUGACUUAAGCAUUUUCUUUAAUCUUCAGAAAUGCCUUUAUACCUUGAAUGAAAGCACUGUAUUCUCAACUUUUAUAAUCCAAAUAAGAAUUUUUUUUAGGAGCAUAGUUGGUUUGCAUUGCAGGUAGUUUAGCAUUUAUUUUACUCUUAUUGGCUGCAGGUAUUACCUAGAAAUGAGGAUGGAAACACAGCCUAGGAAAUCAGCCUUUCCUCAUCUGUUUCUGAAGAACUGAAGUGUCUGUGCUUUGUUGUUUUCUUUUCUGAGUGUAAGUAAAGUUUUGCUGCAUGCUUCACUAACCUCCUUGCUUGCUAGAGACAGUAUCAUUGUCUGUCCUAUCUGAACAUGCCUCUCACUCAGAAACUGACAGCCAUUUAGAGAUGAAUCAGUUGUAAAGCUCAUGUGCUUCUGAAAGCAAUAUAAAUACCUAUGAAUUUGGAGAAGCUGGUGGUAGGUUGGUAGAAGAUAUGCACACCCCAAAAAUUUUUGCUGAAUUGUAUCAUUAUUUUGUCCACCCAAGGCUGUGUGUACUCCUCAUCAGGCAAUUGUUCCCUCAUCAUAUCUUAUUAUUUUCUCCAGGUCAGAUUUUCCAAUAUCGUUUGGGCAAAAGUUGGAAGACCUGUGAGUAACUAGUUACUUCUUUCUUUUUUUCAAAUUGGUAUGCUUUAGUCAGCUAAUUAAGGACUUUACAAGUCCAACAUGUAUUGACCAUGAAGACGUUAUACUUGAAAGCUGAUGAUUUUUUCUACUGAUUUCAUUAGACUUUGAAUGAUCAGAGAUUCUUCAGUUCUGGGCCUUAAAUAUACAUCACUUGAAAAAAUAUUCUUCUCCUUUCCAUUUGUUAAGUGAAUUCUACCUUGAGUGCUUUCCUCUGUACCCCAGUAAGCUUCACGAUUCUUGCUCCUUUUUACUCAGAAGCAGCUUGUGUUUUGAAUUCAGUCCCACUUGGUUCAUCAUGACUUUUCUGCAAAUUUUUAUGCUUAAUAACACUACUUUUGCUCAAUUUGUGCAAACAUAUUUUGGACUUGUUACAAUUUGAUUUUCUGUCAGGGAUAGUUCCAAAAAAGAGAAAAUGAUGGGCAGAGGAAAUGAUGCUAGUGUAUAUCUUAUUUGCAAUUCUAAUAACAGCAGCUUUGUGAAUUUGAACACAUUAGUAAAGAGCACUUCAUUCAAGUGCAUAUUACCACAGAACUUACUAAACAUGCCUAAGAAUAAUGCUAUUCCAAUUUGGGCAAAUUAGAUGGAUAACAUCAUUUACAGCAGUUGUUAAUUAGGCAUCAGCUUAAUCACAGCAUAAUUCUGUUAAUUGCUUAUCACAAUGGGGUUAACUUUCUGUCAUUUAUAUUUAUUUAAUUUUUAAUUAGAAUGAUACACUUGAUAUUUUUCACUGGCCACUUUAUAAAAAAAUAGUCAUGAUGUAAAUGUUCAGCACGAUAAUACUCGAAGAGAUCUCCUGAGUCACCAAUUUGGCUGACAUCACCAACCCAUAUAAUUCCUUUCAUAAAUUUCUCUCCAUGUCUUUAAACUAGUUAGGUUCCUCGCCUCUGCUGCCCAAAUGGAGGUUUGUUGCAGUGCCAUAACCCUGACAUGUUUAGAAGCUUUCCACUUGCCAGCCUCAAAUUUAUGCCUUUGUUCUUAUGGCAGAAUUGUUUUAUUGUCUAAAUAAGUUUUUCUCCUAUGUAGCUUACAGCACAUGAUUUAUUUGUAGAAUAAACUCCCUCUCACUUUUCACUUCCCUGAGAUGGGCAAACCAACUCCUUUUAGCCUCCUUCAGUAAGAUCUACAUUCUUGUGCCCUGAACAUGGCUGGCAAGCCAUUAGUGCUCCUUAAUUCCAGCUGUAAUGGCAGCUUUUAACUCCACUUCUCGUGUAGAUGGAAACAGAAAUGCCAUUCACUGUCAGAUGAAUGACAGAUAGCAGGAGGUGUAGAUGACUUUUGCUGGCUGUAGGAAAUGAGUCCAGAAGUGAUUGUUUGGCUUCUUAUUCUGGCUAAAUUAUCAGAUAUGGCAGUGUCUUAAUUACAACUGUUUGAGACAUCUAAGUAAAUUUUUUCAAACCAAGCCCAUCAUGGUAAUUUUAUUUAUGUAUACACCUGAAAAAUACGUAGUGCUAUUAAUGUUAGUAAUUUAGCCUGGGCAAGAUAGAAAGUUGUUGUGAUUCUUAGGGAAUAAAUUUUUCAUUGUGAAUUGUAAUACUGGUAAACAACUGGAGAACAAUCCUGUACUGAGAAGAGAAUUAGAGGACUAGCUAGGAAAAAACUGUGCUGUGAACCAAAGAGUCUUGGUAGACAGCAAGCAGAGCAUGACCCAGCAGUGAAUCCCAGGAGAAGAGGGCCAACAGAAUCCCAGCCUGUAUUAGCAGGGCUCUGGGAAAUUAUUAUUUCCUUUUACUCAGCACUUGUUAAAUUACAUCUAAAAUGGUGCAUCUUUGCCCACUUGCUGCCUUCUUUCUGAAAGGAAAUAAAUGGAUUAACUGAAGAAAGUUCAGUGGAGGGCCACCAAGAUGGUAAAGGGCUGAUGCACCUGACCAGCUGAGGAGAAGCUAAUAGACCAGAGUUGUUUCAGCCUAGAGAUGGCUUUGUGGGAGACACCCUCACAACAGCCUCUGCUACCUCAAGGCUGUUUGUGAAAAGAUGGACUUUCACUGUGGUACAGGGAUGGGUCUGUGAAUUAUGCAAGAAUCCUGUUGUCAUAAUUAUGUUACUGGGCUCUGCUGGAGUCAGGAGGAGAACUGGCCUGAGACUGCAUCUACAUGUCCACAAGGAAACAAGAUGAUUUGUGACUCUCAGGUAACCCUGGGGACAUGGAUAUUAGAAGGAUGAAUUUUUAAAGAAUUUUUUUUCUAGGUCUUUUUAUGUAAAAUUUCCUCCUUCGUUGGUAAAUUGUCAUAAAUUGCUUUUUAAAAUAUUUAUUUAUUUAUUUAAUCAAGUCAUUGGUUCAUGGUGCAGCUACUUUUACUGAGUAGGAACUGCAGACACUUUUCCAUUCAAAUAUGCAUUUCAAUGCUGUAUAUACAGUUACUAGCUCUUAUUAAUUAGGCAUAAACUGGGUAGUUUUCCUACAUAUGUAACCUCUAUGUAACUGUUUUUCAGCAGUGUAAAGGGUAGUUUUUUGUAAAGAAUAUAUUGAGAAUAAUAACAUUUGAAAUUCUGCUAUCCAACAUUUGAAAGCACCAGAUUAGCAAGUGAAAUUCUGCCGUUCAGCUAUAUAUUUGGCACAGAUUCAAGCAGCUUUACAAGGGGUUUUUAACUGGGUUUGUACACGCCAUGUCUACAACUGGUGGGCUGUGGACCUACCCAGAGAUAGAGAAGAUGACUAAUAUUUCCUUUCCACCUGUACAUCUGAAUGGUGCUUGGAAAUGCCAUGCAGCCGUCAUAUCUGGUAUGAAGAGGGUGUAGAGCAGGAAGCCACUGUCUGAGAGUCUGCAGGGUACAGUGCCUGGAGCCAUUGCAGCAGCACAGUGUGUGAUGGAGGGGAUUUAUGAACUGGCCGUGCUGCAGACUUAUGUGACUUGAAGCCUUGCUUAAGGAUGCCUACAGAGCUAGGUCAUUGCUGGUGGGAAAGAGCACUAUAAGCUGUAAAAUGGGAGAUUUUACAGCUGUCUUUUAAAACUUGUAAGUGGGUGAUUUGGGUAGAGUUUGAGAUAGUCCAUAAUCAUAUCAUAUUUCCUUAUUGUUCUGAAGUGAGACAGCAAAAUGGCAUAUAAACUUACAUUCUCUACAUAGAACAACCAGAGUAGUUUGUUUAGAACUGUUUGUACCAUACAUUGACAACAAAAUGUACAGCAAAGCAUGAGGGAUGGGAAGCUUCCUGCACGUCCUUGGGUUCAUGCAAGAACUGGAACCAAUACAACUCCUGAUAAGAUUAUUUCAAAAAGCAUUCCAAGAUUAUCAGAAGGGUUGCACUGUAUCAUAAAAGAAAAAAAAUACCCAGGUAUUUCAGCAUGGAGAAGCAGUUUUCCAGCUCCUCCCAUUGCUUCACGUAAGUGACACAGUUAUAGUUAACUUUGGAUUAUCAAUCACUGUGAAACAGAAUGGGAAGGUUGUACAUUUGAACAGCUUUUCCACUGCUUUUGCAUUCAAUGAUGCGGCUCUCAGAACCCAUUCUGGACAUGGAAAUGGCAAACUACAGUGAAGUUUUAGAUCCAACAUAUACAGCACUGGAGUUCGAAACUAUGCAGAUUCUGUAUAAUGGCAAUGACAGUUCAGGAGAAGCUGUCAACAUGAAUGCUGCUGACAACGGGGUCAGUAGUCUCUGUGCAAUAUGUGGAGACCGAGCAACCGGAAAACAUUAUGGUGCUUCCAGCUGCGAUGGAUGCAAGGGAUUUUUUAGACGUAGCAUAAGGAAAAACCACGUCUAUUCAUGCAGAUUCAACCGACAAUGUAUUGUUGACAAGGACAAAAGGAAUCAAUGCAGAUAUUGUCGUUUAAAAAAGUGUUUUCGAGCAGGAAUGAAAAAGGAAGCUGUACAAAAUGAACGGGACAGGAUAAGUACGAGAAGAAACACUUUUGAUGGCUGCAACAGUCCCUCUAUUAGCACAUUGUCACAAGCUGAGACACUCUCCCGCCAGAUUUCGAUCUCCAGUCCUGGUGCUAGCACUGAUAUAAAUGUUAAGAAAAUUGCUGGUGUUAGUGAUGUCUGUGAAUCUAUGAAGCAGCAACUUUUAGUCCUUGUGGAAUGGGCUAAAUAUAUUCCAGGCUUCUGUGAACUACCACUCGAUGACCAGGUUGCCCUGCUAAGAGCACAUGCUGGGGAGCACCUGUUGCUUGGAGCAGCAAAACGGUCCAUGGCAUAUAAGGACAUUUUACUUUUAGGCAACAAUUACAUAAUUCAUCGCAACAGCACUGAAAUAGAGAUCUGCCGAGUAGCAAAUCGGAUUCUGGAUGAAUUAGUUCGUCCCUUCCAGGAAAUUCAAAUAGAUGACAAUGAAUAUGCUUGCUUGAAAGCAAUCGUGUUUUUUGAUCCAGAUGCAAAGGGCUUGAGUAAUCCAAUGAAGAUUAAGAAUAUGCGAUUCCAAGUCCAAAUCAGUUUAGAGGAUUAUAUUAAUGACCGUCAGUACGACUCCAGAGGAAGAUUUGGAGAACUACUUCUUCUACUGCCUACACUCCAAAGCAUCACUUGGCAAAUGAUUGAGCAGAUACAAUUGGUUAAAUUAUUUGGGAUUGUUAAAAUUGACAGUUUGCUUCAGGAAAUGUUACUGGGAGGUACUUCUAAUGAUGCCACUCAUCUGCAUCAUCCAAUGCAUCCUCACUUAGCCCAAGAUCCAUUAACUGGCCAAACUGUCCUCAUAAGUUCAAUGUCUGCUCCUGUACAUACAGAACAGAUACCAACUCCAGAAACUCCAUUACCUUCCCCUCCACAAGGCUCUGGGCAAGAAUACAAAAUGUCGGCAAAUCAAGCUUCAGUCAUUGCACAGCAAUCUAUUUUGAAACAAAAACCAUUGUGAUAAUAUUUUUAUCUCUGUCUUAGCCUUCCUUCCCUUCCUUCCCAUCCUUUUCAUGCACUAGAUAGAUCGGUAUAACACUUGCACAUGUAAAAUCUCAGGUUGAUAAAGGAAAUUAUUUCCUCAGCAGCCACUACUAAGUGGGUGUUCCUUAAAACACCUCAUGAUUUGGAAAGUAAUGCUGUUCUGACUACUGCAUACUGCUGUAACUGUGGAUGCUGCAGUCUGACAAAUCUGUAUAGAGGUAGAUAUUGUUUUUACAUCUUAUAAAUGCACAGAUUCAUGUUUUAUUUCCUGUUUUAGUUGUUGUCUUAAUAUUAUUGUUUUAGAUGUGUAUGUAAUUUUUUCAUUAUAAUGGAACUGGUUAGUGCUUGUUUAGCUGUGAAUUGUAGACAUGAAAAAGUGGGUUAUUCAGGCAAAAGCCAAGAUUCCACUAAUAGUAGAACAUUAGGAUGCCAAAAAAGUACAUGAA